AUGGCCACCUCAAUUGCAGAUGCCCAAAUUCUCGGACUCAAUGUCACACUAAAUUUAAAUGGGACUGUAAAUUGUACUCUCAAUAGCACCAUUGGUGGCCCACCUUUCCCUAAUGCUACGGUGCAGUUGCAAUGUCCUCCUGGAAUUAAUAUUACCACUGCUAUUACAAAUUCACUUGGACAAUUUAAUCUCAACGUGAGCGUUCCUCGAAUUCUUCCCAGCUUACUGAAUUGCAGCCUUGUUGUUUUAACCCCUCUUGCGAACUGCAAUGCUUCCCUGCCACCAGUGGGACGUCUUGUGUCCGGCCCCUUAGCAGUUGUUCGAGUUGACAUCAUUAACAAUACCAUUACCAUAUUUUUAAGGCUUCUUGGUUUAUUCUUCAACGCUGAGAUCGGUUCUGGUUAG